AUUUUUUUUAAAACUUAAAAAUUUUUAACUAAAAAACUACUUCAGAAAAUAAUAAGAAAUUGUCCCAAAUGAAAUCUUUAAUUAAUCGAAAUGAUUUAAUUAUUGCAAAUAUUGGUUGAAAUAGAGUGCUCUCAUAAUAUUAUUAAGAAAAGGUGCUAUGAAUUAAUGGAUCAUGAUAUCGAUCAACAUGCAUGUUGGUUUUGCUUACAAAUACUUUCUAACCUAAUUUGAGUUUGUGUUCAUAUAUACUAAGAAAAAUUUCUGGCCCUGCCCCUUGAUCAAGUGUGGCUCCACCAACAAUAUCUUUUAUAAAGACUUAGUUUUGACUUCAUGUGGGUAUAAUACAUGUAGAUAUAUGCAUCUUUUCCGAUAUCAAAUUCCCAUAUUUUUUAUUUUAAUAAAUUAACAUAUUUGAAAUUCAUUCAAAAUAGACUUUUUUUUAAUAAUUUUUGGUGUUUACGUGUUUUGCAUGCAUGCAUGCAUGGGUAAUUAACCUACGUACGUACGUGGAGUAGAUAUGGGAAAAUAUUUCAAUGUCAUGUCUUUGGAAGACGAACUAUUGUCUCAUGUGAUGCUGAAUUCAAUUCCUACGUGUUAAACAAUGAGGAGAGAUUGUUCAUAGCCAGUUAUCCGAAGACCAUUCCCGGAGUUCUUGGGGAACAGACUCUGCUGGCAGUGACCGGAGAACCUCACAAGCACUUACGUAGCAUUGUAAUAAGCCUUAUGGCAGCCGUAAAGAAUCCUGAGAAGAGCUCUUUCUUCUCUGAUAUUGAAGACAGCGCUCUCUCUCUCAUGAGAUCUUGGGCGAAUAGAGAAACUUUACUACUUUGUGAAGAGACUCGCAAGUUCACAUUCAGUAUUAUAGUGAAGCAAACAUUGAGCCUUAAGCCCGAAGAUGAGGAAGCCAUUCAGAUUCUCGAUUGCUACAAAACAUUUAUGAAAGGACUAAGUUCACUUCCUGUUAACUUCCCUGGAACUGCUUAUGCCAAGGCAAUAAAGGCCAGGCAUCGAAUAAGUGAUAUUUUGAGAGGAAUUAUGAGGCGCCGAGCUGAGCAAUUGAAUAUUAAUAAUGGAGUAGAUUUUCUAGCCAUUUUGUUAGCUGAUGAUAAUGUAACAGAGGAGAACGUUCUUUCACUUACCAUUGAUCUUCUUCUCGGAGGCUAUGAAACCACUGCCAUGUUGCUUGCUGUGCUGGUCAAGCAUCUUACUGCAAAUCCAAGUAUCAUGGAAGAAUUGAAGGAAGAGCACGUUAGGAUAAUGAAGAACAAAAGAGGAGAAAGGCUUGGAUGGGAUGAUUACAAGAAGAUGGAAUUCACUCAGUGCAUUAUAAAUGAAUCACUUCGAGUUGGUAAUGUGGUUAAAUUCCUUCAUCGAGAGACAAUAAAGCCCAUUGAAUACAAAGGCUUCGAGAUUCCAGCAGGGUGGAAAGUUCUUCCCAUUAUUACAGGAGUUCACUUAGAUCCGUCUCUACAUUCAGAUCCCUCCACCUUCAAUCCCUACAGAUGGAAGAAUGUGGAUUCAGCAAGAGGCUUUAUGCCCUUUGGAGGAGGAAAGAGAAUGUGUCCAGGAUAUGAACUUUCAAAGCUUGAGGCCAGCCUCUUCAUCCAUCAUCUUCUUCUUAAUUAUAGUUGGGUUCCUUUGAACAGCUCAGACUGGCCAAUCUCCUAUCCUUAUCUUGACUUCAAAGAUGGCUUUCGAAUUGCGAUAAGGCCCCUUUAAUGCUUCAAUUUAGAUGAUAAAAUGUGCUUGUUAAUUAAGUUGAUUUUUAUUUUGUAUUUUUUCAUAAACAAAUCAUCGUGAUUUGAACAUAAUGAGAGCGUAUAUAAUUCAAGUGUUAAUUUAUUUUGUAAUUUUUGCUUUCGAAGAAGCUUGUAUGGAUGUUUUUGUUAGCAUUACUUCCCUCUAGUUGUUAUGUAUUUACC